AGGAGAGGGGCGGCUCUUCCUCUUGCAAACUUUCCCUGUCCCCUCCCUCGCCGCCUCUUUCCCUCCUCUUCUCUCCUCCCUGCGCUUCUCGGCUCCUUGUCGACGAUGGCUGAGAGGCCAGGGAGCAGCGGGACAGCACUGCUGCCCGUCUGGUCCUUGCCAGGUCCCCGCGGCCGCUCCCAAAGUGACAUCUCCUCCUUCUCCUCCUCCCGGAGAACCUGCCUGCUGCGGUCCAACGUGGGCGGCUCAGUGGAUGGUUUGGACAAGGCUUCAAUUGCUAACUCAGAUGGACCAGCCCCAGGAUCACAAACUCCCCCCUUCAAGAGGAAGGGCAAACUCUCCAACAUUGGCAAAAUCUUUAAACCUUGGAAAUGGCGGAAGAAGAAGACCAGUGACAAAUUCAGAGAAACAUCAGCAGUGUUGGAAAGGAAGAUUUCGACAAGACAAAGCAGAGAGGAGCUGAUAAGACGGGGAGUGCUGAAGGAAAUGCCUGAGCAAGAUGGUGAUGUAACAGUAAAUUUUGAAACUUCAAAUGGACACACUGUAGCCAUUGGUGAAGAAACCAUACAGGAAGAAAAUGGGGUAAAAGCUAGUGGAAAUAAUGGCACUUUAUCAGAGAAAGCAUCAGCAUCGGAAGGAAAAAAAGAAGAUCAGAAAGAGAGCACUGAUCACUGCCCAGAAACACCGGCAUCCCAUGCUCCACCACCACCUAAGCCUAAGCCUAAACCUAAAAAAGCUCCGCUACCACCAAAAAAUGCCACUGCUGCUUCCUCCACCACCAGCAGCCAUAAGGGCAGCGAAGCACCUCAUGCUAAAAAAAAGGGAAAGGCUCCUGCUAAGCAGCCUCCUCUCCCGCCACCCAAGCCAACGGGUGCCAGUGCAAAUCGGGAAGCUGCUGGUUCCUCCUCUCACACAAAAAAAACACCAGCCUCCAAGUCUUCUUCAUCGCCAUCUCCUUCGUCCACAUCAUCUCAUCUCAAAGCCUCUAAGGAGCCUUCCAGCAAAUCGGGCACAUCAGGGACUMCCAGGGGCAAGAAAAAGCCUGGGAAGCAGUUAGCCCCACGAACAGCACCAGAUGGGGCUGCUUCCUCCCCCUCGGGUGCGGCAGCCGACAGUUCAGAAGCAAAGGCAGAAAAACCCAAGCCUGAGCAACCUUCCGUAGUAAUUUUGGAAAUGAAGGACACAGAGCAUUCGAGCAAGCUUGUUGUGCCCCCUCCUCCUGCUGUUGCCCCUCCUCCACCUCCACUCCCAGCUCCUUUUCCUGCUGCAGCUGGCCAGCCUGAUGGUUCCUCAGAUGCCCACGAUGUGUCAGAGAGCUGUGGGGCAGGGAGCCCUGGCUCAGACACAAAGCCUCUUGUCCAGACUGAGCGUGGCACAGAUGAGAGCCUGAGCAGUGCAGCCCCAGACAAUGCUCCAGGUGCCAGUGGAGAAGACACAGAAAGCUUGGCUACCAAAGAAGACCAAGAAGGGGAGGCUCCAGGUCAGGCAUUCUCUGAACCGGUGGAGGAGGCUUCUGACUCUGCUGCUGCUCCUGAGAGUGAAAGUAGCAGGGAGAGCCAUGGCAGUGACUCRGACUCGGAUGGGCCCAUCCUGUACACCGAUGAUGACGAUGAUGACGAUGAUGAGAAUGCAAGUGCUGAAAGCUCUUUGGCAAGUAAAAUUCGUCGUAGGGAUACUCUUGCUAUCAAACUUGGCAACAGACCAUCUAAGAAAGAGUUGGAAGACAAAAACAUCUUGCAGCGCACAUCCGAAGAGGAGAGGCAGGAAAUCAGACAUCAGAUUGGAACGAAGCUCGUGAGGAGACUUAGCCAGAGGCCCACAACUGAAGAGCUAGAGCAAAGAAAUAUUCUGAAGCAGAAGAAUGAAGAAGAGGAACAGGAAGCCAAAAGAGAAAUAAAACGUAGACUCAGUAGAAAGCUCAGUCUGAGGCCUACAGUGGCUGAACUUCAAGCGAGAAGAAUCCUUCGAUUUAACGAGUACGUGGAGGUCACGGAAUCUCCGGAUUACGACCGUCGUGCUGACAAGCCUUGGGCCAGGUUAACUCCUGCAGAUAAGGCAGCAAUACGGAAAGAACUGAAUGAAUUUAAAAGCACAGAAAUGGAAGUACAUGAGGAAAGUCGGCAAUUUACCAGGUUUCAUCGUCCAUAAUUGUUUGGCCACAUCCCAUAUUUCAUGUAACAAUUUUCUUUGGGGAAAUCGUUGUGUCCUGAAGACCUGAAAUUGCACUGGAACUURAUUGAGUWUGAGUGUGCGCUACAGCUUACCCUGAGGCUAAUAAAGGAAGUGGCCCUUGUCUUUGUCAAUGGACAAAUUAUUUGUCUAGGAGSAAAACUCACAGGAAGCGUUUGUCCAUGUCCAGACAGACCACGAUUCUGUGGCCAGCCCACACAGACAAGCCAAUGGACUCCUUCAUCAGAGCUCCACAAGUCAGGAAGUGCUGAAGACAAUCGUUGGAGAGCCUGCUACCAGGGUCUCAUCGGGCUUCAUAGGGUUGUGACUGAGGGUAACAAAAAGGGAGGGGGGGUGAGAAAAGGACUGACAGCUGGGGGAACAGAGACUUCGUUUGUCAGUCCACAGAGAAAAGUGGAAUGGAGAGGACUGCUCAACAAUGCACUUGGCCAGUGGGAAGAAUUAUUUAAAAAAAAAAAACUGAGAGUGUGAGCAACUGUGCAUGGAGGUUUUUUUUAGUGGCUACAGCCUGUCUUGAAAAGAUAGCAAGCUGUUAAGUCCUUGUGUCAUCAGUACUUUGGGAAGAAAUGUCAUUUUCUUUGGUGCCAGUAAAUACAGUUGCCAGAAAUUAGUCCUAGUAUAACUCAAYUGUCUUUUUUCAAAUCCCAGUGCGCAUGCUUCAGGAAAACACAUGGAACAUUCAUACAGAACAAGUCAUAUAUUUUUUGGUUUUUAAUGUUGACAUACUUUGGAUCCUCAGAAAUACAUAAACAGGAUUUGAAGGACAAAUAACGUGACACUAUGAAUGCAAUGAAAUGCUCCAUGUUUAGAAACACUCCUUGCUGUCUGUUGCUUGCCAUUCAAAACAGAGGGAUCAUUAUCUUUGUCAUCCAUGGCAGGCAGUGGUGACAACUUCAUCAUGCUAGUGCRAAUCCAAAGUCAGAAUUGAAAUUAGGCACAGAAGUCUUUGUUAGUAGGMCUGAGCAGUGAUUACUAAUGUAAUUUUUUACAUUUAAGGACUCUUGCACUGCUUUGAGGAAGACUCCCAGAUGAACCAGUAUGUCUUCAGUUAGUAGUCCUGUAAAAGUGAAAGGAAAAUCCUUGGAGUGUCUCCAGCUUGUUUUUGUUGAGUGUGARGAAUGCUUCAUAGAGUCAUAAUUUUUUAUACUAUCUUGAAGUUGUACAUGUGAAUACAGUACUAUUAAAAUUAAGUGGUAUGGAGUGUGAAAGGCAAUACAUGGUUUUUCUAAGUUGGCCUAAAGGCCUAUUAAAAAGCCUGUGGCGUUGUUUACACUAAGAAAUUCUCUGUCUUAUAUUAGCACUUAUUUAUCCUUUGAAUUAUUGUACACAACAUUGGGGGGGUCUGGAAUUCACAUAUGCAUACAUUUAAUGCAGUAUUACAAUAUAUUUGCUAUUUAUCCUUUCUAAUGCGUGUACAUAUUACGAUUUAUUUUUGUCUUUUAUGUGCCCUGUUCAGUUUUUAAUUAUGAAGUGUAAGUAUUUCUUUUUCUGGCAAUAAAAGGUCUGUGUAGAUGUGAUUUUUACCUCAGAACCUGCGAUAGAUUCUUGUGGAAUGUGUUUAUAAAAUUGAAGGUUGUUGUUAGCGAUGUCAGCCUAAAGGCAGGAAGGCAAUUUGGUGGCUAAAAUUAGAUAUCCCCCUUUAGAGCUAUUUACAACAAGACCAGGUUUGCAUAAAUGAGGUGGAUUAUUUUAGUGAAGAGCACUUGUAGUAACAGGAGAGUGCUUUACAACAGCUGUCACUCUAUUAUUUUUAAAGAGAUUGGCAAACCUUUUUUAAAAAAAGGUGAGAUUUUUAUGACUUUUAGGAUCCCUUACAUUUUAGUAAAAAUCUAAUGAUGUACAAGUCCCAAAAUAUCAAUAACCAAAAAAGAAAAAAAAAAAGUAAUCUACAUGCUUGUAGCAAAGAAAAGGAAAAAGCGCCUUCCUUUUUUAAUGGAAUCAAUAAGAGCCAUUAGGAUUCCAUUUACAGAAAAUAAGCUUCUGGAAGGCCCAUUAUUUUAUAAAUAUAGAAACACCACUUUGACAUCAAGGAAGCAGUGAAAAUGUAUUCUUUGGCAUGAAAUCAUAUGGGAAUUAGAAGGGCAUUAGAGUUAAGGUUUGUCAGCAAUUCUGGUAGAAUGCUAAUAUUUGUUUUUAGAAUUUGAAGAGUAAACUUAAAAGUUACACUAGAAUAGUUCUGCUUAAACUUUUUAUUUGCUGAUGUUGCCAAAUUUAGGAAUGUGUAUCCAAAAUCAUAGAAAGGUCUACUAUGUCGACUUUGAAGUAUAAAAUACAGUAUUUAACUUCAAAGGAAAUGAGUGGAGCAAUUAAAUAGAUCUCAGUGUUGCCUUAAUCACAAUGAAACAUUUGAAAGCAGCCAAGAURCUGAAGGCAGAAAGACAGCUGUUGYACAGGCAGAAUACCAUUUCUUCACUUGGACAAAGGUAAGGUCAGAUUAUAAAUAUUUCAUGUAAGACAGUUGCUCCACCAUCAUGCCAAGGUACAUACGGGCUACACAAGCAAACUAAAACUUAUUAAACUCUUAGGAUGAAGUGAAAAAAACUGAUUUUGCAAGAAGGUUCCUCUAUACUAGGCCUGGAGCAUGGAUGGAAAGUGACGUGCCAACCUUUUCAUUUUAAGAGUUAUAAUAUAAUGAUGCAGAUACAACUUCUGGCUCAGACUUCUUCAAGCAGAAGUUACAUCAUAAGUAAUGAGGAUGCAUAGAUGAGGCAACACUUAGCCUUUCCCUGUCYUUAUGGGGUUGGAGGGCUUUUUUUAAAGUAUUCACUGCAAGCCAUUGCUGGAUGCAGAACACUAGCCAUGGUAGAGAUGCUGUUAAUUUUUAAUUUCUUACUGUUUUGAUAAUAAUCAGAUGCAUUCUUUGGCCCACGGUCCAGUGAACGGAUUCAGCACAAUUAUGGCACUGGACAAAAAGAGUUGCCUUUAUUGGAACUUACUUAAAAACUAAUGUAGUAUACUUAGCAGAAUUAGAACCAUAUCCAUUAYGUAUUUCACCUAUACACAGAUAUAGAAUUGUAUAUGCUAUUUUUAUAUUUUAAAUAUCACCUGGCAGAAAAACAACAGCUGUAAAAUGGUGUCCAUGCAAUAAAAAAUAACAAGAAUUUGGUAUGUCAGUAUGUGCAGUGAAGCAAGUUUGCUUUAUCUUAUUGAGAAGCUUGAAGUCAAUUUCUGUUGCAUCUCCUAGUCCUCUGUAUUGAUGAUUUCUAAUGUCUUCCAGUUGCAUCAAAAACCCAUUGGAAAUAUAACACCAUAUACCGGUUAUGGUGCUGCAUGCCUGUUGGAAGGGGAAAAUCGGGAUAAAUCCUGAGAAAUUAAUGAGUUGAGUAAUCCUAGAGUUAAAAAGACAGUAGAAAGACAAAUAAAAAAAAUAACUCUGAUGCCAAGUAGUAUAGUCCAGUUGGCUAGGAGAGAUCAGGAUGAUAACUUCUAUCAAGUUGGACAAAUCACUUAAAUGUCAUCCACAAUAUAUGACAAACCUCACACACACAUGAUACUUACAUUCCACAGAGUCAGAUAUGAACUCAGAUGUCUACAUCCACACGAAGUGAAAACGAGUAGCUUAAAGUAGUGGUUUCUGAAAUGAUCUCAUGUAUCACAUUUAACAGUAG